AUCCGAAUCAUUCUAUUCGUCGCUGCACCUACUCAUACACCUGAAGAGUUGAGAUUGACCGGGGUGGACGUGCGAGCUUCACGAAGUUCGAUAUCCCAGGCGGCCAGACUCAUCAACGACGACAGACACGACAACUCUGGUUCAGCAAAGAGGUACUUCCCACCUUCCAAGUCCCCAAACAAUGCCCGACCUCUCCCAGAACAUAUCCGUCCGCAUCCUCAAAGCCGCCGCGGAUGGAGGUUACGGUGUCCCCGGCGUAGUAUGCUACAACCUCGAAGCCAUCAUCGCAUGUCGCCGUGCCGCCGAAUCCAAGAACUCACCAUGUCAAAUUCUAUUGUUCCCAUGGGCCCAAGAUUACGCCUACGACAACCUCGUCAAUCUCGCCGCCGACGUAUGUCGUAGCGCCAGUGUGCCCAUGUCCUUACAUCUCGACCAUGCUCAAAGCGAGCAGGCCAUCAAGCGCGCCGCGCAUACCGGCAAAUUCGACAGCAUAAUGGUCGACAUGUCGCAUUACGAAAAAGAAGAGAACCUGUCGCGCACCACUGAACUCGUGAAUUUCUGCCACAAGCUAGGAAUAGCCACGGAAGCCGAGCCAGGACGUAUCAACGGCGGGGAAGCCGGCGUCCAGGAUACAGGCGAUCUCGAGGGUAUUCUCACCACGCCUGAAGAGGCACUGCAGUUCAUCGCCACGGGGAUCGAUUUCCUCGCGCCGGCGAUAGGCAACGUACACGGCCCGUACCACGGCGUCGAGAACAUCAAGCUUGAUUUCCCCCGACUACAACGUAUCCGGGAGGUCGCAAAGGAUAAAGUCCAGAUCGUCAUGCAUGGGACGAAUGAGUUCACGGCGGAUAUCUUUAAGGAGUGCGUGAAGGCGGGCAUGACAAGGCUGAACGUCAAUCAGGUCGUGUUGUUAAACUAUGAGAAGUACGCCGCCGAAAAGGCUGGGAGAACCCCAGCAACCGAAUUUAUGGAGGAAGGCACGCGCUUGAUCCAAGAACGAAUCGAAUGGAUGAUGGACGCUGUCGGGAGUACGGGGAGAGCUGGAGAUGUCAAGAUAUAAAUAUAGAUGACAACCAGGAAGAUCAUGGUAUUAGAGGCAGUCCAUUGCCUGCCUGUACGCUGCACAAGACGGCUAGACUCCAGCAUCGAUGCUUCAUGCUUCAUA